AUCUUCGCGUGAUAUCAACAUCUAGCCCCUACCCGGCUGACACAUGUUCCAGCAUCUUCAGACCACCACGCUCCUGUGCGCCCCUGGGGUUCUAUAAAAUGAGGAAGCCAUCCGCUCCGAGGCUGUUCCCCUCUCUCCUUUAGCAUUACAAUAUUUCACUUUGGCCUGCAACUACCUUGUAUCGCCUUCUCUUGGAAUACAGUAACGGCACUCCAUCACUCAAGAGUUCGCUUUGCUCUACUUGUUAGUUUGCGGCUUCCGCUCUGCUUCCCGCACUAUGCGCGGCUACUCGGCGCUUGUAGCUUUUGCUACCACCGUCUCCACGGCCACGGCCGUUAUCUACCAGGGCUUCAACUAUGGCUCCGAUCAAAUGGAUCAGACAAGUUUUGAGACAGCGUUCAAAGCUGCCCAGGCUCUAUCCGGCGCUCCCGGCGGCGGCUUCACGAGCGCUCGUCUCUACACCAUGAUACAAUCCGGAACACCCGACACCCCCAUAUCCGCCAUUCCAGCAGCCAUUGAAACCAAGACGUCGCUGCUUCUCGGGCUAUGGAUCAGUGCCGAUAUGACUCCAGAACUAUCGGCCCUUACUAAGGCUAUCUCUCAAUAUGGGAACGACCUCGCCAAGCUUGUUGUUGGCAUCUCGGUUGGCAGUGAGGAUCUUUAUCGCAUAACGCAAAUAGCCCACGACAACAAAGAGACGGUUGCCGGAGCCUCGCCCGACUACGUCGUCCAAUGCAUUAACCAAGUUCGUAACGCAGUCAAAGGCACCGCCCUGGCCGGCACUCCUAUUGGCCACGUCGACACCUGGAACAGCUGGGACAACAGCUCAAAUAAGAUGGUCAUAGACAAUUCCGAUUGGCUUGGCACGGAUGCAUAUCCGUACUGGGAAGCGACUUAUGAGAACACGAUUGAAAAUAGCAAGAAUCUCUUCUUCGACGCCUUGAGCAAGACUAAUGCCGCGGCCAAAGGCAAGCCUGUGUGGAUUACCGAAACGGGCUUUCCAGUCAGUGGAAAAGCUUCCAAUAAGGCCACCCCAAGCGUCGAAAAUGCUAGAAAAUACUGGAAAGACGUUGGAUGCGGACUAUUCGGUACCUACAGCACCUGGUGGUUCCAGCUAAGUGGCCUCAGCGAUCAUGGCACACUCGACUUUGGUCUUAUGAAAUCCGUCUUCAACCGCGGCGCAAUCGACAAAGCCUCCCCCCUCGCCCUCCCCCUCGUCCAGCACCGUGAGCAAGCCCAGCCCUACUAGUACCUCCACACCGAGUGCCAUCAGCAGCAGCAGCAUCAGUCCUGCGACGACUGUCUCGAGCCCCCAGUCUCUCGCCACCUCUACCACUGUCGCCGCAAUCAAGCCAUCAGACUCAGGAUCUAGUUUUGUUUGUGGCGGUGUCGGCUCUACCAGCAGCAGCGCCGCCAGCAUUCCCAGUCCCUCCAGCAUCUCCAGUACCUCCGGCACUACCAGCUCCCCGAGCCCUCCCAGUACCACCAGCGCCUCCAGCUGCA